AUGACCUCACCCGUCGGCGCGACAGGCCCUACCCUUCCAGCCAGCAUGCUGGCGGGAGCAGCUUCGAUACAGGACGACCCGGAAGGGCCUGCUAUGGCCAGGAACGAUGCCGAGCCGGCUGAAACUACGGCAGCAGCAAGUGCAGAUGCAGGUGUGAAUGCCAAAGCUCGUGCGAACCUACUUAGAGCAGCAGCUGGUGACAUGCCUGACAAAGGCAAGGCCAGUGUGGAUGGCAGCGCAAGCAAGGCAGCAGCGGCAGCGAGUGCAGGUGCCGGUGUGAAUGCUAAAGCGCGUGCGAACCUGUUGAGUGGCUUGAAAGACGGCUCGCUGGACAAGCUGGUGGGCAACAUGCCAGAAGAAGGAAAAGCAAGCACAGAGAGCAGCGACACCAAAGCAGCAGCAGGAGCAGCAGCUGGUGACAUGCCUGACAAAGGCAAGGCCAGUGUGGAUGGCAGCGCAAGCAAGGCAGCAGCGGCAGCGAGUGCAGGUGCCGGUGUGAAUGCUAAAGCGCGUGCGAACCUGUUGAGUGGCUUGAAAGACGGCUCGCUGGACAAGCUGGUGAGCAACAUGCCGGACGAGGGCAAAGCAAGCACAGAGAGCGGCGACACCAAAGCAGCAGCAGGAGCAGCAGCUGUUGACACACCUGACAAAGAGAAGGCCAGUGUGGAUGGCAGCGCAAGCAAGGCAGCAGCGGCAGCGAGUGCAGGUGCCGGUGUGAAUGCUAAAGCUCGUGCGAACCUCUUGAGUGGCUUGAAAGACGGCUCGCUGGACAAGCUGGUGAGCAACAUGCCGGACGAGGGCAAAACAAGCACAGAGAGCAGUGACACCAACACGGCAGCAGGAGCAGCAGCUGGUGACAUGCCUGACAAUGGCAAGGCCAGUGUGGAUGGCAGCGCAAGCAAGGCAGCAGCGGCAGCGAGUGCAGGUGCCGGUGUGAAUGCUAAAGCGCGUGCGAACCUGUUGAGUGGCUUGAAAGACGGCUCGCUGGACAAGCUGGUGAGCAACAUGCCAGAAGAAGGCAAAGCAAGCGCAGAGAGCAGCGACACCAAAGCAGCAGCAGGAGCAGCAGCUGGUGACAUGCCUGACAAAGGCAAGGCCAGUGUGGAUGGCAGCGCAAGCAAGGCAGCAGCGGCAGCGAGUGCAGGUGCCGGUGUGAAUGCUAAAGCGCGUGCGAACCUGUUGAGUGGCUUGAAAGACGGCUCGCUGGACAAGCUGGUGAGCAACAUGCCAGAAGAAGGCAAAGCACGCACGGAGAGCAGCGACACCAAGGCAGCAGCAGGAGCAGCAGCUGGUGACAUGCCUGAAAAAGGCAAGGCCAGUGUGGAUGCCAGCGCAAGCAAGGCAGCAGCGGCAGCGAGUGCAGGUGCUGGUGUGAAUGCUAAAGCGCGUGCGAACCUGUUGAGUGGCUUGAAAGACGGCUCGCUGGACAAGCUGGUGAGCAACAUGCAAGGCCAGUGUGGAUGGCAGCGCAAGCAGGCAGCAGCGGCAGCGAGUGGAGGUGCCGGUGUGAAUGCUAAAGCGCGCGCGAACCUGUUGAGUGGCUUGAAAGACGGCUCGCUGGACAAGCUGGUGAGCAACAUGCCAGAAGAAGGCAAAACAAGCACAGAGAGCAGUGACACCAAAGCAGCAGCAGGAGCAGCAGCUGUGACACGCCUGACAAAGGCAAGGCCAGUGUGGAUGCAGCGCAAGCAAGGCAGCAGCGCAGCGAGUGCAGGUGCCGGUGUGAAUGCUAAAGCGCGUGCGAACCUGUUGAGUGGCUUGAAAGACGGCUCGCUGGACAAGCUGGUGAGCAACAUGCCAGAAGAAGGCAAAGCAAGCACAGACAGCAGCGACACCAAAGCAGCAGCAGGAGCAGCAGCUGGUGACAUGCCUGACAAAGGCAAGUCCAAUGCGGAUAGUAGCGCAAGCCAGGCAGCUUCAGCAGCGACUGGAGGUGCCGGUGUGAAUGCUAAAGCUCGCGCGAACCUACUGAGCGGCUUGAAAGAUGGCUCGCUGGACAAGCUGGUGAGCAACAUGCCAGAAGAAGGCAAAACAAGCACAGAGAGCAGUGACACCAACGCAGCAGCAGGAGCGGCAGUUAGUGACACGCCUGACAAAGGCAAGUCCAUUGCGGAUAGCAGCGCAAGCAAGACAGCAUCAGCAGCGAGUGGAGGUGCCGGUGUGAAUGCUAAAGCGCGUGCGAACCUGUUGAGUGGCUUGAAAGACGGCUCGCUGGACAAGCUGGUGAGCAACAUGCCAGAAGAAGGCAAGGCCAGUGUGGAUGCCAGCGCAAGCAAGGCAGCAGCGGCAGCGAGAGCAGGUGCUGGUGUGAAUGCUAAAGCGCGUGCGAACCUGUUGAGUGGCUUGAAAGACGGCUCGCUGGACAAGCUGGUGAGCAACAUGCCAGACGAGGGCAAAACAAGCACAGAGAGCAGUGGCGCCAAAGCAGCAGCAGGAGCAGCAGCUAGUGACACGCCUGACAAAGGCAAGGCCAGUGUGGAUAGCAGCGCAAGCAAGGCAGCAGCGGCAGCGAGUGGAGGUGCCGGUGUGAAUGCUAAAGCGCGUGCGAACCUGUUGAGUGGCUUGAAAGACGGCUCGCUGGACAAGCUGGUGAGCAACAUGCCAGAAGAAGGCAAAGCAAGCACAGAGAGCAGCGGCGCCAAAGCAGCCGCAGGAGCAGCAGCUGGUGACACGCCUGACAAAGGCAAGGCCAGUGUGGAUGGCAGCGCAAGCAAGGCAGCAGCGGCAGCGAGUGCAGGUGCCGGUGUGAAUGCUAAAGCGCGUGCGAACCUGUUGAGUGGCUUGAAAGACGGCUCGCUGGACAAGCUGGUGAGCAACAUGCCAGAAGAAGGCAAAACAAGCACAGAGAGCAAUGACACCAAAACAGCAGCAGGAGUAGCAGCUGCUGCCACACCUGACAAAGGCAAGUCCAAUGCGGAUAGUAGCGCAAGCCAGGCAGCUUCAGCAGCGACUGGAGGUGCCGGUGUGAAUGCUAAAGCUCGCGCGAACCUACUAAGCGGCUUGAAAGAUGGCUCGCUGGACAAGCUGGUGAGCAACAUGCCAGACGAGGGCAAAACAAGCAGAGAGAGCAGUGACACCAAAGCAGCAGCUGACAAAGGCAAGUCCAUUGCGGAUAGCAGCGCAAGCAAGGCAGCGUCAGCAGCGAGUGGAGGUGCCGGUGUGAAUGCUAAAGCUCGUGCGAACCUGUUGAGUGGCUUGAAAGAUGGCUCGCUGGACAAGCUGGUGGGCAACAUGCCAGAAGAAGGCAAAACAAGCACAGAGAGCAGUGACACCAAAGCAGCAGCAGGAGCGGCAGUUAGUGACACGCCUGACAAAGGCAAGUCCAUUGCGGAUAGCAGCGCAAGCAACGCAGCAUCAACAGCGAGUGGAGGUGCCGGUGUGAAUGCUAAAGCUCGCGCGAACCUACUGAGCGGCUUGAAAGAUGGCUCGCUGGACAAGCUGGUGAGCAACAUGCCAGACGAAGGCAAAGCAAGCACAGAGAGCAGUGACACCAAAGCAGCAGCAGAACUAGCUGCAACUGGUGAUGCACCUGGCAAAGACAAGAAUGGUGCCGACAGCAAUGACGGCAGAGCAGUUUCAAGUGCAGAUGCCGAUGUGAAAGCUCAAGCUGACAGCACGUUGUCGUCCGGCUUGCUAGAAGUCCGCCUUGCACCCGGCGACACGACAGCCGGGACGGGAGGCAUGUCUCCUUCCACCACUUCACCUCGAGGCAGUGCAGACAACGGCGAGCCCGGGGAACCCAAACAGGACCUCCGCAGUCUGAGACGGAAGACACGGCAGUCACGGUUUCAGCAGGUGUUCCUGCAGAAGCCCGACAAGCGCGAGUCCGUCCAAAGCCGGGCAUCUGGAGCUCGGCCAUCCAAUCCCGAUGAACCGUGA